CCGCGGGGCCGGAUAAAAGGCGGCGCGGCGAACGAGGAGCAGAGCGUGGCGCUGCCCCGCCCGGCCGGUCCCAUGCAGCCCGCCAUGAUGAUGUUCUCCAGCAAGUACUGGGCGCGGAGGGGCUUCUCGCUGGACUCGGCCCUGCCGGAGGAGCGUCCCGGCGGCCUCACCAUAAACAGAUCAAGCUCUGGGAAAAAUGAGGAGAAAAAAGGCAGUAAGGGAAAUGGGAAAGGCGAGUCAGUUUCUGAAGGUGGAAAGACAGCUGUGGUGUUUUCCUUGAAGAAUGAAGUUGGCGGACUGGUGAAAGCUCUCCGGCUCUUUCAGGAGAAACAUGUGAGUAUGGUUCAUAUUGAAUCACGAAAAUCAAAGAGAAGGAACUCAGAGGUAGAAAUUUUUGUGGACUGUGACUGCAGUAAGAAGGAAUUUAAUGAACUAAUCCAGUUGCUCAAGUUUCAAACUAAUAUUGUGUCUCUGAAUCCACCAGAAAACAUCUGGACUGAUGAGGAAGAUCUUGAUUGUGUCCCUUGGUUUCCUCGGAAGAUAUCUGAAUUAGACAAAUGUUCACAAAGAGUAUUGAUGUAUGGAUCUGAGCUGGACGCAGAUCACCCUGGAUUUAAAGACAAUGUCUAUCGACAGAGAAGAAAAUACUUUGUGGAUGUUGCCAUGAGCUAUAAAUAUGGUCAACCCAUUCCCAGAGUGGAGUACACAGCUGAAGAAAUUAAAACAUGGGGGGUGGUGUUCAGGGAACUCAGUAAACUCUAUCCCACCCAUGCUUGUCGUGAAUAUUUAAAGAACUUUCCUCUGCUGACUAAGUACUGUGGAUAUAGAGAGGAUAAUGUGCCUCAGCUGGAAGAUGUCUCUAUUUUUCUUAAAGAAAGGUCUGGCUUCACAGUGAGACCGGUUGCUGGAUAUCUUUCUCCCCGAGACUUUUUAGCUGGCUUAGCAUACAGAGUUUUUCACUGUACUCAGUAUGUACGACACGGCUCGGAUCCUCUCUACACCCCAGAACCGGAUACAUGCCAUGAACUUUUGGGACAUGUGCCUCUACUUGCUGAUCCUAAGUUUGCCCAGUUUUCACAAGAGAUAGGACUCGCUUCAUUGGGAGCAUCUGAUGAAGAUGUUCAGAAAUUAGCCACCUGCUAUUUUUUUACGAUUGAAUUUGGUCUUUGCAAGCAAGAAGGACAGCUACGUGCUUAUGGGGCAGGACUUCUGUCUUCUAUUGGAGAACUAAAGCAUGCUCUUUCUGACAAGGCCAAGGUGAAAACAUUUGAUCCGAAGACAACCUGUUUGCAAGAAUGCCUUAUCACCACUUUUCAGGAAGCUUACUUUGUUUCAGAAAGUUUUGAAGAGGCCAAAGAAAAGAUGAGGGACUUUGCUAAAUCGAUCAAUCGUCCCUUCUCUGUGUAUUUCAAUCCAUAUACACAAAGCAUUGAGAUUCUGAAGGAUACCAGGAGUAUAGAAAAUGUCGUCCAGGACCUCCGCAGUGAUCUAAACACUGUAUGUGAUGCAUUAAGCAAAAUGAACAGAUAUUUAGGGAUUUGAUAUAUGUCACACUGUGAUUUGUUGUCAGCUGCUUAUUCUGUAGCUAUUCUAGUGACAUCACAUGACAUGGCUAACUUUUAAAACUCAUCAGUUUGCUCUUCUGAGCUUGGCCUGUGGCUUGCGUCAUUGUGUAGCUUUGUCUAAUUGUUAAGUGCAGACAAAACAAGGCAAUGCAAAUUCAUAAAUUCUCUAUGGAGUGUGGCAGCAUAUAACCAGCAAUUCCUCAACACAAUGUCAUGUACAAGUAUACCAGUAAAAGCUUGCCUAGCAAUGAGUUUGUUUCUUUAAGAUGAUUCACUUUGAUGUAUAAGAAAUGGUGUUCCUGGUUUCUUUAAGUCUGAGAUUAUUUCUGUGUAAUCCCUUUCCAACUGUCAGAAUCCAGAAAAAAAAAUAUUUGCAACAUUUUCCAUUUUCCCUGUAAGAGAAUCUGUAUUUGGUGGUGAUGACGGUGUUUUGCCCAUAUAUUUGUAACAGAACUGAAUGUCUCUUGUGACUGAACAAUAUAGUUUAUGUAUAUACCAAUGCAGAGACCGGGAAGGCUACAUAUUGGUACUAAAAGGUCUGUGAGGAUUAUGAAAAAACACUACUGACAAAUGUUCGAUGUGGCUAAGUAAUUGCAAAACAACAAGAGUAAUAAUAAUAAAAAUAAAACCUCUGACAAUUCAUGCAUAGAGGUAGUGAUAGUUCCAUACAUGUAUUGUCUGUGACAAUCCUGAGCAUACUUCCACUGCAGGGAUUAUCUGGAAACGAGAGUGGAAACACCUUUGUUAAUUCCAGGUUGUUAGAUGUGAAUAUAAAGCCAUUCUACAUCACUCUGUGCCUUCUGCAUUCCCUCAUUCUUUGAAUAUAGUCCUCUUGCAUUUCAUGCAUAAUUUGCCUUUCCUCAUUAUGCCACGUUCAACCUUGACAUGGGCAUGCAUGGCUGAGUCUACAUCAUAUCAGUAUCAGUAGAUAUGAAAAGGUGAAUAUGGAAGUUGUUAUUUAAUUAUAGUCAGGACAAUUAUCAGUUAGUAGAUUACUUGUGGAGUGCUUAAAUCAUACAGACACCUAAGCUGCCUAGCUUGUACAGAUGGAUGCAGGUAAUGCCUGAGUUAAUGAACUCUAUGUUAGCAAGUUCUGACAGAAGUACAAGCUCUGCCUGGGGAGCAGUGUGGAAAUAUUUGAGCUGGCUCUUAUCUGGAAGCAAUAAUUAUGCAUGUCUUUCCUUUAUCUGAGUUAUUCCGUUCUCCUAUUAGCCAGAAUAAUGGAGAGUUGACCAUAUUGUGUGGACCGCUUGUAAUGGAAACUGCGUGGCUUAUGCAGAUCAUGUCAGUACAGGUGAAAGUUCAUGGCUUGUCUACUUACGUGGAAAAUAGAUAUCUAUUGAACCUGUUCUCUCAGCUGAGAGACUCAUGCAGAUACUCUUUAAGUGUCACUAGCAAUUUCAGCAUGAAGAGAGCACCACUUGAUAGUAUCAGCACAUCCUUAAAUAAGAGGCAAUCUAUAAGGAUAAUUUUCAUAGGGAAAUCUGCCACCUCCUCAAAGAUAACUACAAGAUAACAGAAAGCGCUCUAUUCUCUGGAUGGUCCCCGCUGCAUUCUAAUGCUGCUGUUAAUAGGGUGUGGAAAAAUCUAGUUUUAGAUCUAACCGUGACUGCCACUGGUACAAAUGAAGAGCUGUUGAAUUAUCCCAUGGGGAUCAGCAUGCUGGAGGAGUUUUUUAACUUCCUGACAUUAGUGCUGACUCCAUUAACUAGCACUUAUCGUAGAGGAGUCACCAGCAGGCUUGGCAUAGAAGUUUCUUCCUCUUUCUUUGGAUGGAAUCUGAUGAACCCCUUGUAGCCCUUUUUGGAGAAAAUGGACUGAACUGAUAUUUACUUUAAAUGAUCUGGAAAAUCAUUGCACAAGGAAUAGUAGUUCUUAGUUCAAGACCUGACAAAGUAUUGUUGCUUGCUUAAGUGAAAUAAAGGCACAAUGAGUUAAGAGAUAAAGAGUUUGCAAAAUUAUUGAGUUUUUCCUUUGAAUCAAAAUUAUACAGGAAAGCUUUAAAUACUUAAAAUAUCUGGAUUUAUUUUUGACUUGUGUGAGCUGCCUAAAAUAAGGAUUGCACAGAAGUAAAACAACAGAAGCAUAUCUUUGUUUUGUUUUGUACUGUUAACAAGUAAAUCUUAUUAUGGAUUAGGGAGAAACCCUUGAAAUCCAAUAGUCAUUUUAGGACUAAUGAUGGCAAGGAAACUGUCUACAAUGAAGAUAUAAUGUCAAUGAAACAGAACAUUGUCAAAGGAUAAUGGGCUCCUGCUGCUAGAUAUAUGCUUAAUCCAAUGAUUUUAUUUCUAUUAUACAACAUGAUUAAAAAUAAAUUAAAUAUAAUGAGCUGAGGAAUAAUAGUGAUUUAGAGAGACAAUUGCUCAUUGUUCUUACAUGGAAAAGCUGUGUUCUUAGAGGCUACAGGGCAAACUUGCUUUGGGCUUCAGCCAGUCAGCAGUCGUGAAUUGGAAAGAAGGCUUUAAAAAGUGCACUAUUGCACUUUUAUGAAUCAAAUAGUUCCAGCUUAGCUGACAUCCUUCUCUGCAGUUUUUAUUAGCAAAUUAAGAUCAGCCAUGCAGCAAUCUCCUUGGAUGACAAGCUCAUUUAGGCAUAAUGAGGGAAUUAUUGACAGUUAUCAAAUUACACUAACGUUUCAUUUAAAAUAGACCAUAUUUAUCUGAGGUGCUUGUUUAACUUUAGUGAGCUGGACUCUGGAAAUUGGACUUCUUGCUUAGGCUCAUUUAUUUCCUGUGUAAUUCUGAACUAAUGCUUUAUGGGUCCAAGAUAUAUGUUCUUGCUUUGCCUGCAUAGAGUAAAUGGGCCUGAGCUUAAUGAAUGUAAAGCAUUGCAGUGUUUACUACCAUGCAAAGUCUAAAAUGAAAAACAGCAUUCUGAGACAUUGCAGCAAAUACAAAUACCAAGUUUCAUUUGCAAGCAAAGACAUGGUUCAUGCGUUUCAUUUCAUUUAUUUGGUGGAGGGAAUGGAGAGGGAAAGGUGUUAACACAAUAUAUUGUGUUUUCUGUUGUGUUUUUCUCUCUAUGCUUCAAGAUCUGUUUAGAAGCAAGCCUGCUUUAAGUUUAGGCCUUCAGUACACUUUCUUGACAUAGAAUGUCCUCCUUUCUUCUUGUAACGAUUUCCUAAAGUCAUGGAGAAAACUCCAGAAACAUGCUGUACUGAAAUGUGUAUUUAAUGUCAUUCUGUAAUGGAUUAUAGAAGAUUUCACGUCUGAGAGGACGGCCUGGCUCUGUGAGCCAAAGCUGGUGAAGGCUUUCUCCUACGGGCUGCUGGUACAAAUCCAGCCAAGUCAGCAGCUUCUGAGAGCCAUCACCACCAGCAGCAGCCUGGUGUCUCUGUGAUGAGCUUGGAAGCUAAGAUAGUUUCGUUUUGAGUAGAGGAGACUGAGGGGAGACAUCAUCACCUUUUUCAAACGCGUAGAAGUAGCUGCAAAAUAAAAGGGAAAAACUUCUCUAGCCUGUAGAACUAAUGGACAUAAAUUGCAGGACAGGAGCAUUAAGUUCUUUAACGGCGGGGGCAGUGGAACCUGGAGGACACAUUGCCUAGGGAGACAGCAGGACACCUGUCAUUUUUUAAAGAGAAUAGUUUAGACAACUCUCUCUCAGGACUGCUAUUGGCACAGCUGGUCCUGCUUUGAGAUCAGGGAACAAGCUGCAUGGCGUCUUGAAGUCCCUUACAGCAGCUGCCUGGAAAAGGGUUCAGGCUGCUCAUUGAAAGGCUCCACAUGACUCUCAACAACAGUAAUGGUCGUAAACCAUCACUGUGGAGCCUCUCAGCAGCAUUUGGACCCCUGCAUGUUCUUUCCAUCUUAGACCCACUCUGAAGUGGUUCUUCGUCCUUCCAUCUUCCCUCAGGGAACAAAUAGGAUCCAUAGUCUGAGUGAAGUCUCCAGUGGUGACUGUGCUGCUGAAUAUUAGUUCAUAGGCCACUUGAGAGAGCACUGUGAGCGAGUUGCCUGCUUCUUAUGGCUACCUAGAGGAGAAGAUAGAUUAUCAGCAACCACCAUUUGUCCUUUUUGUAAGUAAGGUUUAAAGGUGUCCAAUUUUAUAAGCAAAAAAAGAAAUGCCUAUUUCGCCCUAGCUGUACUUGUGUUUGGGCUGUUAGGAAGACUGUGCCCACAGAUUUCCAAGGAAAAAAAGCCCACUGGUGUGGUCCAUCAGGGAGCUUUGGUUCAAUCCCCUGAUGUAGCUGACUGGGGAAGUUGGGACCUGCUGCUGUUCACGCAGUGGCAUUUUAAGGACUGGGUAAGGGUGGGUGCAGUGCUCCUUAAUUAAGGAAAUCAGCAUUCUGCACCAACCUGGUAACUUACAUUCUUGUUUCAGCAGGAUGGUCUGUGCCUUUUUAGAAAUAUAGCAGGUUCCCUUCUAUCUCAUUAAGAGCCAUUAUCAUAUUUCCUAAUAAAUUGAAAAAAGAAUAAUUCCAGUAUUGCCGUAUAAUGGCAGUAUUUUUUUGUAUCAAUGCCACUUAAUCUUUGGAGUUUUUUCACAAUGUGUUGUCCGUUCAGAACAUUUUGCAACAACGAAGUUUAGUUUUAAAAGCUCCUUUAACACCUUACAAUAGGAAUUCAUGUUUUUAUGCCAACAGUUGAGAUGUUAGCAUGAACUAAAAAAUAGGUGCUGACAACUUAUUGGGAUUUGGCUCAGGGUGGACUGUUCAGGUGGCGUAAAUGUGAAAUGGGUUAUGUAGUCACAUGCUUUAAAAAUGCAGGUGGGUGAAUGAGUAUUUAGAUGGACUUCUUUUUAAAGAAAUCAUAAAUUUCAAAUGUCCAGAAAGAUAAUAGAGAAGAAGCUGCUGUUGUUAUACUCCACCUUUGGAGGAAAAGAGUUUGCAAAGCAGCAGGAGGUCGAUUUCAGUCCUUGUUAAACUGACACAUGGCCUGGAAUAUGAACUGCAUGACACCUACCUUGCCAGCUUUUACGUGACAUCCAGCGUGAAUACAAUUCUGAUAACAAAAUAACAGAGCAACAAUGAAGCACUUCAGAGCCAAACAGCCUGGCUUCCCUGUAGGAGACAAAGUGGGUGAUUUGAGACCAGCAUGGCACAAAUCAAAUCACUUUUAUUUCCUAUGAAAUCAAUUCUGUUUUCUGUUUCUUUUAUAAAACACCUUUGGAAUUGUGCUACCAUUUUAUUUUUCCAUGAGGAUUCUAAAGAGAUAUAAAAAUUAUGGAAUGGUUGAUGUGGCCAGCACCUCCUGCCUAUUCUUUGGUGCCACCAAACUCCGUACUGACUCUUGCCAUUUUUCAAGGAAGUAGAGUAAUGCUGAAGACGUGAUGCUGUUGUUUCUCAGGAGUUGACAACUGAUGGGUACACCUAAAUAUUACCCUCCUUCACUAUCCCUCUCUCUUAGAAUUGCUGACGUCAGAGUUGCUAACAAGACCAGUUAACAGUACAUGAGUUUGAGGCUAUCCACACAGUGGACUUGCUACUCUAGAAGAGUUUGCUGGGAGGCUCAGUUUGGUUGAAUUCCCUUUUGCUGAUUACCCUUGAUAGAUGAUCAUGAGUAAAGUUAAGAAAAAGCAGGCGUCUCACAUCAGAUGGGGACCAGGGAGUCAAAAAUCUCCACUGCUGCAAAAACAGCACAUGUUCCAAGAGACGUCGUGCUGCCAGUGCCCGUCAGUUUAAUUAGACCUAGCUCAAAAUAGAUUUCAUAGUUGCUGGAUUAAAAGGCUACAUUUUACUCCCAGGUCUCAGCCCAGCAUCUGUUUUCAGAGAUAUAUCUGUGUCUGCAAGCGCAGGAGGUAGAGCUGCCAGUCAGGCAUGCAAGGCCUGUUUCUUAUUUCAUUUGCAGGUAUUUUUUAAAAGCCUCAUUUGCAAUGUUAUCUCCAGAGUAGGAAUGCAGUGCAUAGAAGAUGCAGAGGCAUCAGGGCCUGAUCUUUUCUGAGCGCUCAUUGCUUCCCGCCAGUGCCAGGCAGCACAGUGAGUGCAGCCAAGGGAGGACUCCUCAGGUCCAUGCUCAUUGCUGGGGGCAGGAGUUAAGAAGCCAUCUGAGCCCCAGAAAAGAGCUCCUACUCCUGUCUCUGUGGCCUCAAAAAAAAAAACAAACAACACCCCAGCGUUCAUCUGCCUUCUGUGACUUGCUUUUACAGAGCACCUCCUCAGGAUUUGUCUGGGGGUGUUUGUGUGGUGGGAUGAAUUAAUAUAUGCUGACAUAUGUGCAGGAAAGGUAAUAGAGGUAGAAAAGCAGAAAAAAAAAAAUUCAUAGCUCUCGUUCUAUAUUUUUCCUGCAAGUAUCUGGCUUUGGCUUGAGAAGAGGCAUAAUGGAGGCCCACCAGUGCCAUCCCUGUAUGGACCACACAGAGAUGAUGCAGUCAACCUUUGCAGACCCUUCCUGCUGCAGGCCACUGCAUGUACUCGGCCAUUCUCAGCCAUCCAGCACAGCCCCCUCCUUUCUGAGCUCAGUAACAGCCAAAGUGCAGCUGACCUGAUGUGCAUGUUUGCUUGUGGGCUCACCCGGGGCAAUUUCCCCGUAGCACACUGACAUGCAGAGGUGGGAGCCUAUUGAAGAUCUCAGGAUGUAUAUGGUGCAGUAGGAUACAGUUCUUCCUGCCCCACUGCUGGAGUACAGCCCUGCAGCAUGCACAGGGCUCUCAGCUGUAGCAAUACGGCCUGUUUCAGAGCCAGCAUGCCUUUAAAUUCCUUGCUUAGCAAGCCUAAUACUUGGGGACUAUUAAAAACAUCAACAGAUCCCACAGACUUAAAAACAUGAGGAAAGGGCAUGAGCAAGCAUGUGGUAACUGUCAGCAAGUAUUGAUUUUCUCACCACAAUCUGAGCACACAAUCAGGCAUACUGAGGAUGUGGCAUUCCUAUGAAUUCAGUUUUGAUACACCGUUUCUCAAAUAGCUCCAGAGAAGCAAAAUUAGGACUCUUUGCAGCUGAAUAGGCACAGAGUCCUGUGUAAUUCUGUGUUUUCUUGUCAUUACCUUAUUUCCAAAGGAGAGGAAGAGCACUGUGUUCAUGAAUGCGAUGUAAAAGCUGUUGGAGCAAUAGCUUGGCUUGCCUGAGUUGGGAAUGAAAACCUGGUCAGAGGGAGGGAAUUAAACCUCCAAUGUAAUGUUUCUGAUUUGCAGAAGGGAAAGGGGAAGUGCUAAGUGAAUGUAGGAAAUUGCAGCAUUAUGCACUGUGAGAGCAAUUCUUUCCAUCCUUGUAGCUAAUGGACUGAACAGAAAGUGAACAAUUUGUUUCAUACGGUGAUUCACCAACACUCUGACAGCAUUUCCAAUUCUGAGCUCAGUUUCAUAUUCAGUUCCCUGUUUACUAGUGAAAUAGUACAAUUAUCUGUCUACCUCUUACAUCUUACAAGCAGGCAAGGCUGCAGUAUCUGGAAGGAAUAAAAAUAAUGGUAAAAAUCCUGGCUGUUUAAGGCUGGAGGGAGGGGAAAUGAGGCAAGUGUUUUCUUUCCAAUGGUUUAUUGGAACUCUUGUCUAGAAAUGAAGUUAAAUUUCCUGGGAAAAUAGGUGCAAAGGAAAAACUGCCAAUGGAACUCAGUUUUCAAUUUCUAUUUAAUGUUUUCUCCAUUCAGGUUUGUGAAAGGAAAUCACAAAACAUUUCCUGUUUGAGUUUCCUCAUCAAAUUGUCAAUAGUAAAGUGGCCAGAACUGUUACAGCUGAAUUGGCCACAUAAAGCUCUGGUAAAAACGGGACGUCUCUCCCAGAGGCAUUUGGUGAAUGUGCUAAACUGCUUUACAAGACAGGAUGACAUUUUUCUGCCUUUAACCCCAGUUUUAUUUUGAACAGAAAUCACUUGCUCUAUAAGGAGUUCCAGUUUUAAAUCUGGAAAUGUUUGUGAGCCUGCCCUGGCUGCAUAUAUUUCUUGCUGGUAUGAUCAGUGUUUGAAUGAAGGAAAAUCUUGGAGCAUCUUCCCAGAAGAGUGUAAUUAGUCACUUGUUAAUAUUGACUAUUUAUGAUGCAUUAGAGCUCAUCAGGGCUAUUUCCCAAGAGAUUCUGGAAAAAAUAUAUUGUAAAGUGCCUUUCCCGAAGCAUAUACUGUAUAAAUUCAGUAGAGCUUUUAAAAUUCAGUGGAUUGAACAGAAGAAGGAGAUAGCUAUAAAGAUAGUGAUGAAAGCUAUUAAUAAGGGCAACAGUCUGCAUGGCUUAGGGUUUAGGAGUCUUAUUUCAAAUUACAUAGAUAAAAUACGCAAAAGAUAGAAGUCAGUGGUGGCAAUUACCUGUUGCAGCCCCAUAGUGAUGAGACUGAUAGUUCGUGUGAGUAUCUGAGUCUAGCCCUAGUGCCCACCAUAAACAAUGAGGAUGAAGUUGUUGCUCAAAAAUGCUUCUAGCCUGAGAGAUAUUUAAAUACAAUGGCAGCAAUCAUUGUAGGUGCUGAAGCAGGGGAUUCUCUCUGUGGUGGGCAUCAGAGGUGCCCAUCUAUCUGGGGAUGGCACCAAUCACAACCAUAGCUUGAAUUUCAUCGCAGCCAAUUUGCACAUUGUUCCUGGUGACCCAAGGGGGAACUCUUGAAGUAUAAGCUGUGAGAGCUUUCCUUGGUAAAGUUAACCUUGGGUAUUUAGUGUGUAUGUAACAAACUGCAUUGUUAGGUGACUCCAUUCGAUUUGAUGAAUCUCACACCACAUCCUUCUGACUGCAGCAAAUUCCAGGUCUGGGCAUUGGCUCGAAACUGCCAUUUUAUUAAGCUCUGGAAUAAAUCAUAUGUCUUGAAAAGAAGGAAGAAUUUCCCAAAGAGCUUCUGUGCUGUGAUGACCCUUUGCAGCCAGUUAGGUAACUCUUUGAGCUAAGAAGAAGAGAUCAUGAUGGACCCAUGGCAGCCUUAAAGUCACUCUGGGCUGAAUUUACACAAAGCCAUUUCUGCCACUGGGGAGCUUACAGUAGACUUCUCUGGUUUCCCUUACAUUUCUGGGCAUAGAAAAAGGAAAAGAAACCACAAACUGGAGAUGGGAAAAAAAAAAAAAGUUUUCCCUCUGUUGGUGGGCAAGUGGUGCUAAAAGAAGCCUCUUGUUUCCAGCACCACCAAGUUUGAGAGGGUGACUGAGGGGAGAUUUAGGUUAGAUGUUAGGAAGAAAUUCUUCACUCAGAGAA